AUGGGGGCUGUGCACGAGCCCUUCAUCUUCCCCGCAGACACCACUGGUGCUUGCUCGGCCUCGCGGGUGAUGUGGGGGGCACGGGGGACAGUCCUGUGUCCCCACCUUCUUGGGCUGCAGACAGGCCACGUUGGUCCUGUGGUGACUGGGGGCUCCCAGGAGAACCCCACCGCAGACCCGGAGAGGUGGCCCCAGAGAAGGUGGCGUACGCCUGGGGCCGGGCCUCACCAGCCAGCCACGGGCCACCUGCAGCAACAGGCGUCUCGCCGUCCAGGGGCUGGGUGUUCAGGCGCCGUGGGGAUGAGCUGCUGUCUGCACGCAGCCGGCAGCCGAGACAGCACCAAAGUGUCUAGAAAUCCGGGCCAGAAGGAGGAGGGAGGGGGAUUGGCUGUGCCCGCCAGUGGCCUGAGAGCCCUGCCCGCCCGCAGAGACCUGGCCCGGGGCCCGUGGGGAGGGCGUGGCCCACGGUCCCCAGCGCUGGCCGUCUCUGGGUUCCAGGAGAACUGCGCGAUCCUCGGGGAGCUGGGCAGGCUGCAGGCUCAGAAGUCUCGCCUGCUGGGGUUCAGCACGCGUGCCGACUCCGUGCUGGAGAUGAACAUGGCCAAGACCAGCCAGGUGGUGGCCACUUUCCUAGAUGAGCUGGCCCAGAAGCUGAAGCCCCUCGGGGAGCAGGAGCCCGUGAUCCUGGAGCUAAAGAAGGCCGAGUGCCAGAGGCGGGGCCUGCACUUUGACGGGCCCAUCAACGCCUGGGACCUGCACUACUACAUGAACCACGGGGAGGAGACGCGCUACCAUGUGGACCAGUACCUGCUAGAGUCUUUCCCCAUGCAGGUGGUCACGCGCGGGCGGCUGGGCAUCUCCCAGGAGCUGCUGGGGCUGACCUUCGACCUGGAGGAGGGCGCCAACAUGUGUCACGAAGAUGUGAGGCUCUACACGGUCCGGGACGCAGCCGCGGGCAAGUCAUCCAUCGGCAAGUUCUACCUGGACCUCUACCCCAGGGAAGGGAAGUCCAGGCACAUGGCCUGCUUUGGCCUGCCGGGCUGCCUGCAGCAGGAUGGGAGGCGCCAGAUUGCCAUCGAGGCCAUGGUGGCCAACUUCACCAAGCCUACACCCAACCCGCCAUCCCUGUUGCAGCAUGAUGAGCUGGAGACCUACUUCCAUGAGUUCUGCCAAGCCAUGCACCAGCUCCGCUCCCAGUUUCCAUCAUCAAACCCCACGCACUGGGUGCGUAAACAACGGAAGUGGAUGUCCUCGAGACUCUGGAGGCUGGAAGCCGCAGAUCAAGGAGUCAGGACUGGUUCCCUGCAUGUUAAAUACAUGUAUUCAAGAGUUGCCUUUAAAAAGACAAACGACAAGAAAGGCACGUUGCCUGCGACUCUGGUGACAGCCGGUGAUGAGAACCAGAGGGUAGGCUCUGGGGCCGGGAGCGCUGCGCCCUGUGAGGCCCUGGGGCUGCUGCCAGUCUCGGUGGAGGCUCAGCAAGUCCCAGUGACUUCCCCACGGGGGGGUCCCCAGUUCAGCGUCUGGGCCCAGGACCCAGUGCUCAUUCAGUCUUCCUGCGGUCAGCCCUUCGUCCUGAGAGCGAUGCUCUCACAGGCUGCACCGGAGCGCCCGGUGAUGAGAACCAGAGGGAAGGUUCUGGGGCCGGGAGCGCCGCGCCCUGUGAAGCCCUGGCGCUGCUGCCAGUCUCGGUGGGGCACGGGCAGCGCCGUCCCCCAGGAGCUGCUGGACAAGCUCAUGAAGUCCCGGCUGGCCAACCCCGGCCUCUUCAACCUGUGCCAGAUCGUCCUGGCCAAGGUGGACCAGGCCCUGCACACGCAGACACCCUCGGACCCGGCCCUGGAGAAUGCCCGCCUCUGCCAGGAGAUCCUCAGGGUCCCAGCCACGCCACGGACCCACCUGCCUGCGACCUUUGGCCACCUGGCAGGAAGCUACGACGCCCAGUCCUAUGGCUACCUGUGCAGCGAGGUGUACUCCGCGGACACGUUCCACACACGUUUCAAGCAGGAGGGCGUCCUGAGUGGCAAGGUUGCCAUGGACUACAGAAGCUGCAUUCUGAGGCCAGGGGGCUCCGAGGAUGCCAAGGGCAUGGUGAAGCUCUUCCUGGGUUGCGACCCCACGCAGGACGCCUUCCUCCUGAGCAAAGGGCUGCAGGUUGAGGGCUGCAAGCCGCCGGCCUGCUGA